UCAUUGCUACGGUUGCUGUCAGUUGUUGACAUUGUUGUUGCUUGCGUUCAUGGAAAUUAAAAAAUAGCGAUUGAGUAUCGUCCGUCGUAUAGUAUAGUAUAACUUGUUAUUUAGUUGUGUUUUAUAUUUGCACUUUCAAAUUUAUUAACAUAUAUGAAUAAUCUAUAAAAUGGAAAAUUUGUGAUUAUUGUGAAGUUUUAGAAGUGUUGGUGAGACAAAAUAAAAAAUGGCCACCGUUUUUGAUAGCCCAUUUAUCAGACAACGUAUAAAUCGUUUGAGACACCGUGACUUGGAUUUCGAAGAGGAUCAAAGAUUUGGGCGGUGCGACUGUACAAGUUACUCGUAUUUUGUACUUUCUAUGGUCCUCUUUUCUGUCGGUACUGUCAUUACAGUGUUGGCAUUAGGAGGAGCUGAUGGGUACAUUCUUACUAAUUUAGGGCACAUGUGGCUUGUUGGUCCUAUAUUCAUAUGCUCUGGAAUGAUGGUCGCAGUCAAAAGUAUGUUAUACUUGCGUAGAAAAAGUGUUAUUCAGAUGCUGCUGCAUCGACGUGCUUUAAUUAGAGAUAUGGCUACUAUGCCAGCAGAACAAGCUUACAGCAGUCAAGUGCCGAGGACAGCAUCCAGUGCUACUCUACCCCCAUCAUAUGACGCUCUUAUAUCUAAUGCAGCAACAAGUAAGCCGCAACCGUCCAGUUCAGAUCCGCCACCUCCCACAUAUGAUGAAGCAAUGAGCCUCAUGAAUGACGAGAAGUCUCAUGUCAGACAAGAUGAAGACACCGCCAAACAAGAAACAAGUAACCAAGCGUCUGAAACUGACAACAGUAAGCCAUGAGACUUGCUGUUUAUGACUAGGUUUUUAAGGAAAUCUUAAUUCUUCCUUUUGUACUUACUGAAACUAUGUAGUCGAGCCACUACUGAUAUUGUAUUCUCAGAUGUGCCUAAAAUUAUCUUAAUUUUUAUAUUAUCUGAUAGGUUAAUACUAAUUUAAAUUGAAAUUAAAUCAUGAACUCACAAACUUUGAUAUUUGUGAUAUGUGGCUAUAAUUCGGACUUAUUGAAGAGACUCACAAUAUGUUGUUAAAAUGUGUGUACUUGCAAUGUCUCACUGUUAGACAACACAUCGAUUGUCAAAUCUUUGAAAUUCUUAGUUCCUAUGCUUACUAAAAUCAACCUUGCUUGCUAUUUACAAGUAUGAAAUUGUAUAAUUCAACUGAUUUAUUUGCUUUGAAAACGGACUUUUAUUCAAUUUUGUGAAUCAACCAGAUUUAGCCCAUAUCCUGUAUGUCAGCCAAGUAAAAGAAAAAAAUGUGGUAAUGGUAAAUAUAUGUGGUUGUCCAAAUCAAAAGGGACCUUAGGCGGCUAGCACUUUAUUACCGUUGUUCCAAUACAAAACAAUGGCAAUAAGACCUAAGUGCUAACUGCUAUAAGGUCGCUUUUGUUUUAGACGACCACACAUGUUAAUGUUAAUAAGCUAGGUUUAUGAUAGGAAAAUCUUAUUUUCCUAUAAUCAUAACAUUAAAAAUGAGUUUUAAAAUGUACAGUCAGCCACAAUAACUAUGUCCGUUUGUUUAUAAAACUUUUAUUCAUGGUUAGGUUAUAUUAGUCAUAAAUAUUGUGAGCUCCACUACUUAUUGGUACUAUCACUAUAAAAAGUGCUUAUUAAAAAAAAUUAUUUUGGCAUUAUUUUCAAUUUAUUAUUGUGAAGACUGAUGCAUUUACAAUUGUGAAGUACUUAUGUUAUGCGUUGUUGCCAAUAUUUAUUAGAGUAGUUGCAGUUUGAAUAUUUUUCUACAUGUAUGAAAUUAUAAAAAUAAGCGACUUUAGUACCCAAAAUUGUUUCUGGAUCUGAAUCAACUAAAGGCUGAUUUACACUAAGCAAACAGACAGCCGCCAGAGUGCCCAAAGAAUGAGCAUCCACUUGUUUAAUGUAAAUCAGCCUUAAGAAACAUGAUAUACCUCAUAUUUUAUUUGUCUACUAUGAGGCUAUACAUUUUAAUAUAUAUCUAGUGUUCAUCAAGUUUCUUUACAAAUUAUAAGGUUUAAAACAGGUUAAAUCACUAGUCUUGACUCUGUCCACCUAGAAAGGCCAUAUGCCUAUUCAGGAAGGCAAUUUAUCCACAUUGAUCUCAGAUCUGUCAUUUGAUAAAGAAUCGGACUGAAGAAGUGGUUAUUGUUAUAUUUUUCUAUGUAAUAGUAAUUUUGUACAUGUUCCAAUAGCGAAUAAUGGACACCAGUCAGACAAACAUUCAUAGUAAAUGUAUGGCCAGCUUGUUAAUCUAGUUUUUUCUAGGUCGAUGGACAUGAGGGAACCUGUGGAUAAAUGGGCUAAGACUUAAAGACGUGAUACUAUAUCUAUAUAAUAAAUAUUUUAUGAUCUGUCACUGUAAUAUUGCAAACAGAUUUUUAGAGGUCAUUGUAAAUAAUGAAGGAAGAAUCCAAGAGGGGUAAUUAAUAUUUUUGAUUUUGUUAUUGUUGUUUUUAUCUAUAACUAAACUGCUAAAAAGUACUUAAGUAUAAUUAUAUAAUUAUAAAAGCAUAAGCAAUCAAAGGCCUUUAUAAUUUGCCUUUUAUAGUCAUGUGCCUUUACUUUUACAAGAAUUAUAAGGGUUUUUAUAUCCUUUUUGUACCAAUAACAUAGUGUUCAAUAUUCAAUUUGUACAUGAAAAUGUAUUUACCUAGGAACAAUACUUUAAGUAUAGCUUAACAAGUUAAUUGUUCAUCAAUAUUAUUAUUCAUAAAAAAGUUAUAAUAUUUUAAGCUAAAGAGUACUUUGUCACUAUCACUCUACAAAAUUUGGCAUUGCCAGAAUGAGACAAAACAUACAUGAAGUAUGUAUGCUUAAUCUUUUUUAUGAAUAACAGGAUAAUAUUAUUAGAUCUGUUUAGAAUUUUAAAUAGCCCCAUUUAAUAAAUCAAUGUAAACAGACUCUGGUCAACAAUACCAUGGCAGAAUUAUUGGCUUGGGGGGAAAAGUGAUAUUACUAAUUGCUAAUAUUCAAAUAUUGCCUGUUUGUUUAAGCAAUAACUGAGGAAAAUAUGUGAGCUAAGUCCAGCCGAGGACUUAAUUUAGAACUAUUGAUUACAUCUAUAUAUAAAUGAAGUGAAGUACCUAAGUCCCAGUUUAUUAAAAAUUUUGCCACUUUUCUGUACUUAACUGAAUUUAUAGUUACAUUUCCCAGAGACCAUACCUAUUGAAAUCUUGACAGAGUUGUGACUUUAUUUUUAAUUCUAUGCUAAAACUUCACACUGGAAAUUGUGUACAUACUGAUCUCUUGAAGUCUUGGAAUUAUUAAUUAUACACAUUUUUCUGAGGC